GUUUCUCAGCUCCCUCUCCGUGAAAUUAGCGAAUACUGCAGCAAGAAGUGAGUGUGUGGCGAGCAGGAGGAGAGAGCAAGCGGGGACUAAUAUUUAUAAAAAGGACUCAUCCAGCUGGCGACAGAGAUGGCAGCCAUUCGGAAGAAGCUGGUAAUCGUCGGAGAUGGAGCUUGCGGGAAAACAUGUCUUCUCAUCGUUUUCAGUAAAGACCAGUUUCCUGAAGUCUACGUCCCCACAGUGUUUGAGAACUACAUAGCUGAUAUCGAGGUUGACGGGAAACAGGUGGAGUUGGCUCUGUGGGAUACUGCUGGCCAAGAGGACUACGACAGAUUGAGGCCUCUCUCCUACCCUGAUACAGAUGUCAUCCUCAUGUGCUUCUCCAUCGACAGCCCAGACAGUUUAGAAAAUAUUCCUGAGAAGUGGACGCCUGAGGUGAAGCACUUCUGUCCCAAUGUCCCCAUCAUCCUGGUUGGAAACAAGAAGGACCUGAGGAAUGAUGAGCACACACGGAGAGAGCUGGCCAAGAUGAAGCAGGAGCCAGUGAAGACAGAUGAAGGCAGAGAAAUGGCCAACAGGAUCAGUGCUUUUGGCUACUUGGAGUGCUCUGCCAAGACCAAGGACGGCGUGCGGGAAGUGUUUGAGAUGGCCACUAGAGCAGCGCUUCAGGUCCGCAAGCGUAAGAAGAGAAGCGGCUGCACGCUGCUGUGAGAAGCUGAUGCAUUCGAUCAGUCCAGACACCGUAAAAUCAACUGACCAACAGGAGGAAAAAAAAAAAAAAAAAACACCACACAUGAAAUGGACUGACCUUUUACCAAAUGGCAUCUUUGUACUGUAUCUAGCAUUUCAUGACAAGAGGCAGACAGAUGAAUCACACGCAAAUAAACCUAAUACAGGAAAUGGACUUUGUCUAUAUUACAACCAUGGUUAGAAAUUGAUGUUUAAAGUUCCUUGUUGAUUUGCUUUUUUUCAUGAUCAUGAUGAGUUAUCCCAAAAUCUGUCUCUACAUGUAGAGUGUUUUCCUACUAUGUUUCUCUUUAUAUUUGUAAUGUAACGAGGCAGUGAUAGAUGCACAUAAUUGUAUGCAAUAUUGUUCUUCAUGAGCUCGGGCAAGCAGCGUCCCUUCUUGCUAGCAUAAAGUCUUCUUGAGUAAGGUCUUGUCCAAACAGUCCAGGCUGUCCUGUUUAUAUCACUUCUGUUUAUCAUGGUAGCUUUUGUGAUAGAGAAUGAAAGUAUCUUUUGACCAUAAAAGCUAGUGCCUUUUUUUAAAGUUUGUACACCACCAUCUACUUCUCAUGUGUGUCAGCUAGCUAACAUUUCAGCUGAGGGCCUCUCCAUUGUAUUGUAGCUCAUUUCACACAGUGUUGUCAUUGUGAAACCUGAGCAAAGCCAUAACUAAGGCUUUCAGUGCUGUUGACAACUCGUCACGCACAACAAAUGGUUGCUUGUGUCAUUUUUGUUGAUGUGAAACAUCAGCGUUCCCAUCAACAUUCUCUAUGCUCAGUCCGCUCACAUUGAGGAUAAAGAUAGGUAGCUGCUUCUGUAAUGUGAUAGGAGUGAUCUGCAUUCUGUUUAAGAUCUGAUUAUUCACACGCAUCCCUCCAUAACUGUCGCUCAUUUGUGUAGUGGACCCAGAAAGGGGAGUGAGAACUGGCCAGCCAAGACACAAGCCAAUAUGACUCAUCUAUGCACAAUGGCUGUUAGGACCAACAGGGAGAUGACACAGCUGAAACAGAAAUAACAUGGAAGCCAAGGUCUGGUGAAACCACCCUUGUUUGUUUAUUGUGAGUGAUGGAGUUGAGCUCUCCUUCUGCUACAAUUCAAGUGAGCCGGUCACACCCGCUGUUUGAAUCCGUGUGUGUUAGACGGGUUUGCCCAGUUGUGUACAUCUCGUCAGAGCUGUUAGCCUUUACGUGUGGAUGUUUCCAAUCGGACAACAUUCUUCACAUGUUUGAGAGGAGCUGAGUUGUGUAUAAGGAGUUUGUUUUUCCUUGGUGCCUUCUCUGUUCUGGUGUGCCUUUCGGUGUAUCUUUCCCAGACCAGAUAGACCAGCUGCUCCAUGCCAACCUGACACUGAAUGACAAGGUCAAGAAUGACCUCAACAGAGAACAGCUUGUAAUGAUGAAGCAAAAGGUGUCAUUAGUUAAAAAAGGUUUGUGUUCUCAGUUAAAAUAUCUUACAGAUGUUCUAGUUAAUGACAAUUUACGUCAUGUAGUUUUGCGUCAAGAAUGAAUCACAGGAAAAUGACAAAAUUUGUGAGAUUGCAUAUUCUGGAAAAACAUGUCCGCAGCCACAAGCACGCCCUUUAAUGGUUUUGAAGUUGUUAUGAAAAAAAGUACAACUGUGAUAAGAGGAAAAUUAGGCUGAUUGGUCUGUGUUCUCAUGAUCUAUAUCUUGAUCUUCCCACCCUUGACAUUUUAUGUCUUGCAUCUAAGAGGCUGUAGAUCCUUAAGGGCCUACACUGAAUUUGUUUUAUAGCAGUGUGAUGGAUGUAAAAGGCCAUUUCCUGGUCCCAGUUUUCUCACGUGUCCUCUCAGAAUACUCGAUUGUAAACUUGAAGUAGAAUGGCUUAUUAUACAAUGCUUGAAAGGCCCAGCAACUGUCCCCAGGCACAGACUCUUCACAGCAUUCCUUUUUUCUGCCUCUGUUGCUCAUUCAUGUACUGUACAUGUCCCUGUGUUGCAUGGAGGGUGGAUGUUGAAAUGUGUGUGACAAAACAAUAUCUUUGAUGUUGCAUGCAUGCUCCUUAUGAAGCCAGUGAAGGCAGCAAACCUACCAGCUGGCAAGAUCUGUAUCUUUUAUAUUGUAAUGCAACUUUAUACCCUCUACUGGCCAAGAAAAUACACUUUGUGAUCCAGUGGAGAGGUUACAACUUUGGAACUAGUUGUAUUUUCCACAGCUCAAUUGAAGUGUAGAUGUGGUUUCUUUUGGGGGGGUUUUUGAGGAGAGAGGGCAUUGAUUGCAAUCACACACUCACAAGCACCAUGUUAAUGUUACCUCAGAUCUUUAAAAGAGUGAAUGUACUGUCUUUAAUUCUGGACUUUGUGCAUUUAUGUGGAAGAAAAAGCACACUAAUGAGGCGAGAGCAAACAGAUUAAGAUCCUAAAGACACUAAAGAUUUCUAUCAAUGAAAACACAAGUCUUGAGUUUUGCGUUUCAUAGCUGUGACACGACGUUCACGGGUCUCAACAAGCUUAACACCAAGGAAUUCUUGGAAAUUAAAGGUCAGCAGAGAUAAAGUCAAGUAAUGUUAGCACAGCAUAAUGAUGAAAGGAUUUCCUUAGAGCAGUGGUUCUCAAACUUUUUUAAAUCAAGGACCCCUACGCUCAUACAAAUUUGACUAUGGACCUCCAUUUAUUGAGAUUUUGUUCCAUGUGCCCCAUCUGAUAAGAUUUUUGCUUUUAGAUGUCUUAUUACAUAAAAUGUAUUAAUCUCAUGACCAACAUAGUCAUACAUUUUGCCAUUGUGUUACUUAUGGAUGGAAUUAUAGUCAAAAUAAAUCCCCUUUUUGCUGAGGACCCCUGAGAGUCUCCGGACUCACGUUGAGAACCACUGCCUUAGAGCAGCAGAGUUUAGUGUUGAACAUAUCACUACAAGCAUGUACUAUACAGCUGUUUAUGUGUACGCAGAUAAAUCAAAUAUUGUCCUUAUGAUGUUGAUGCAUGCUUGAGUAAACCAUAGGUCUAUACAGUGUGCAUACACACACACACACACACACACAAGCACUAACAGGCACACAUCUUUGGGAACAGCUUCUGCUCAGUGUUGUGUAACUUUUCUUUCUUUCUCUGGAAGUAUUUGAAAUUAUAAAGGUUCCAGAUUUAUAUAAAAGCCCAUUAUAAUAAUGCUUUGUAAACAGAAAGUGUUGUAGUGAAUGUUUGAUCUGAAGUGAACAUGAACAUUGUUAAUAAACUAUUUUUGAGACAAGACUGACUGGUUUCCCUGUCCAGUUCUUCUAGAAAAUUCUGACAUCGUGUGGUUUACUCCAAAUA